CGCCGCCUUUUGCACCCUGCGGGGAUUUUGCGUGACUGUUCGCAAUAUCAAGUUGUACUUGCGCAGCUCAUUCUUCUCGCUGGACUGUACAAAACAAAAAGCUGCAGUACCCAUAUCGUGAAAGCUUACCUGAUCGCAGCUUGACAUUCUACUCCCAUCAAGUGUCAGGCGCAUUGGUUCAGCCGUUAACCAGCAGGAUGGGCUCAGAAAAGAUCCUCCCCAAGGAUGGUCAGAGAAAUAUCCUUAUUACCUCCGCCCUGCCCUAUGUGAACAAUGUUCCGCAUUUAGGGAAUAUCGUGGGCAGUGUGCUAAGUGCGGACGUAUUCUCCAGAUACAACAAAGCCCGCGGCAGACCGACCCUUUACAUCUGUGGAACGGACGAGUAUGGCACGGCGACCGAAACAAAGGCGUUAGAGGAAGGUGUGAGUCCAGAAGAGCUAUGCGCAAAAUAUAACAAAAUCCAUGCCGAAAUCUACGAAUGGUUCGAGGUGGGCUUCGACAUGUUUGGCCGAACACCUACGCAAAAGCACACCGAGAUUUCACAAGAGAUAUUCCUACAACUUCAUGCCAACGGUCAUUUGACUGAACACACCAACAGCCAGCCAUACUGCGAAAAACAUGGCAAAUUUCUGGCAGACCGCUUCGUCGAAGGCACCUGCCCCAAAUGCGGCUACGAUGAUGCCCGCGGAGACCAGUGCGACAAAUGUGGCAGCCUACUUGACCCUCUCGACCUCAUCAAUCCCCGGUGCAAGGUCGAUGGAGCAACCCCCGUGACGAGGGAGACCAAACACACCUACCUGCGUCUGGAUGAGCUGCAGCCCCGGAUCGAAGAAUGGUCCAGGCAAUCAAUCGAGCGAGGUGGCUGGUCAAGGAGCGCCAAGCUUAUUACAGAAGCGUGGUUGAAGCAAGGGUUGAAAGAGAGGGGUAUCACCCGUGAUCUGGCGUGGGGAGUGCCUGUACCAUUGCCCGGGUAUGAAAAUAAAGUUUUGUAUGUGUGGUUCGAAGCUUGCAUUGGCUAUCCAUCCAUCACCGCCAACUACACCGAAGAUUGGCAGAAGUGGUGGAAGAACCCCGACAAUGUCCAGCUGUAUCAGUUCAUGGGAAAAGACAAUGUGCCGUUUCAUUCAGUCAUCUUCCCUGGAUGUCAAAUGGGUUCCGGGGAUAAAUGGACACAACUACAUCAUCUUUCUUCCACCGAAUAUCUGAAUUACGAAAACGGCAAGUUCAGCAAGAGUCGAGGGAUUGGUGUUUUCGGAAAUAACGCAAAGGAGACAGGAGUCCCUCCCGAUGUGUGGAGGUAUUACCUGCUGAAGAACCGCCCGGAGUCGGGAGACACGCAAUUUGAGUGGCGUUCAUUUAUUGAUGGCAACAACUCAGAACUCCUGGCCAAGCUAGGAAACUUUGUCAACCGAAUCAUCAAAUUGGUCAACUCGCCCAAAGCCUACGGCGGCGUCAUUCCCGACUUUGACCCCAACAACCUCCCAGACUCGUUCAAGGAGCCAUUGUCUGAGAUCACCGACCUCAUCAAACAAUACCUUGCCGAAAUGGAAGCAGUGCAUCUCCGCAACGGAGUCAUUGUGGCAAUGAAGAUUGCCGAAGCGGGCAAUGGUCUCAUUCAGUCCCAUCGUCUGGACAACUCGCUCAUUGCGAGCGAUCCUGAUCUUGCAGCGGCGGUCGUCGGAACGGUCAUCAACUUGAUCUACCUCUGCUCUGCCAUCUUCGAACCAUACCUCCCUGCCACGGGAGCGUCGAUAAGGAAACAACUAAACAGCGGUUUCUUGCAGAUUCCUUCAGAGGAGGACAUUGCAAACGGUUGGCUGCCCACAUACAUCAAACCUGGCCACAAGGUCGGAAAGGCGGAAUAUCUCUUUACGCGGAUUGACGAGAAGAAGGCGGACGAAUGGCGAGAGUACUUUGGCGGAAGCCAGGCUGAGCGGGAAAAGAAGAAAAAAGACGAGGCCGAGGCUGCGGCCAAGAAAGCAGCUCAGAAAGAAAAGACAAAGGCAAAAAAGGCAGCACAAAAAGCCGCUGCCGCUGCCGCUGCCGCCAAUGGCAACGGCGAAAGUGUCGAAAAGAGUGCAAAGGGAGGCAAGCAGGGCAAGGAACUGACGAAUGGCGUUCCUGAGGUUGGCGAAGAUGCUGCCGUGCAAAAGGUCACCGAUGGAGUGGCGCAAGUUACCUUGCCCACCUCUUGAAACUUACUUGAGGGGCACGGAAACUGGGGUGAAAUAGAUUUCAGCAGGAGCUGGCAGGGAAGACUUACGGGUUUACCUCGGUGGAUGAUUCCAGUUCAGAACUGGAGUCUCUUGAAAUGUUGAGUGCUGGCAACGUUGUGGGCUACCAAUCAGCCCGGCCAUUGUUUGAUGAUGAUGAUAUCGAAAGACAUGAGACCCUCGGGCUGAGGAAGACAUGAAGGUAGACAAGAAAGCUGACAGACAGACGAGACAAGAAGAGAUCGCUUUCCCAUA